ACCAACAUUUCAAAAAUUGAACCUAAAACUAAAAAUAAAAUACUCCUUCUUGCAGCACUUCAAGGGGUAGAAGAGCUCUGCAAGUUUUACCGAAAUCGUGUCAUCACCUUGCAGGCACAGGCCAUCUUGAAUGAAGCUUACUGUAACAAGCUUCAUUAUCAGCUCGCCUUUCAAGAGGAAAAGGUCACAAACCCUGACGCACCUGGGAAACUUGUCAAUGAUGGUCUCCUGCGACUACUAUCAGGUGAUGAGUUCUAUGAAAGGGUGGUUGGGUUUACAAGAUGGCAGAAACAGAAAGAGGCAGACAAA